AUGACUGACACCACGGAACCCAGCGACGCCUGGCGGGCGCAACUCGCUGCGAUGCCCUUUGAAGAGGUGUAUCGCCGGCUGGAGGAUACGGUAGCCCGCCUCGAGCAAGGGGAGCUAUCGUUGACCGACGCGGAGCGGCUUUACCAGGAAGGCAUGGAACUGGCCGGCCGGUGCCAGGAUCUGCUCACCGAAACCGAGUUGCGCAUCACCCAGAUUGGGGACGGUCGCGCCGCCGCAUCAACAAGUCCGGGGUUGCCGGCCGGCAACGACGACUGGGAUCCGCCGCCCCCGUUGGAACCGGAUGAUCCGUCCCUUUUUGACGAUGAUGACCCGCCAUUCUGA